GCUCUCCGCGUGUCCAGCGCUGCCCUCCGGACCACUACUACCGGCACUAUUGUGAACCUACUGUCCAGCGAUGUCUAUCGGUUUGAUGUGGCGCUCAAUUACGUGCAUUUUUUGGUGACCGGACCCAUACAGACGCUGGUUGUUAUCGGUCUCUUAUGGAUGCAAUUGGGUGUGUCAUGUCUGGCCGGUAUCGCAUAUAUGGUGGUGUAUAUACCGUUUCAGUUAUUUAUGGGCAGUUAUUUCAAGCGCUUCCGAUCGCUGUCACUGAAGCUGACGGACAAUCGGUUGAAACUAAUGAAUGAGAUAAUCCCAGCCAUGAGAGUGAUUAAGAUGUAUGUCUGGGAGAAACCAUUUGGUCGUCUCAUAGAGUUGUCUCGAGUCCGAGAGAUCAGAGUUUUCCAGAAGACAGCGGUAUUGAAGAGCAUAAACCUGUCGUUAUAUUUCACUUCUUCUAAGAUAAUGACAUUUCUGUCUAUAAUUGUCUUCAUAUCCAUCGGCGGUGAACUCACUGUUGAGAAUGUGUUCGUUAGUAUAGUAUUGAUAAACCAUUUGCGGACAAUAAUGACAUUGAAUUUUCCAAACGCUAUUUCCUUCGGCGCCGAAACAUUGAUUUCUGUCCAACGGAUUGAAGACUUUCUAUUACUCGAUGAAUACACACCAAAACCAAUUGAGUAUUCAACAGAAAACAUCACAAAUAAUUACAAUGAAACUAAGGAAAGCAUUUAUUUAGAGAUUGUUGAAGAAAAUAAAACAAACAUAAGUGUGAAUAACAUUAGUUCAGAGAUUGUUAGUAAAGAGGGAAACGUAUCUCACAUUUUGAAUGAUAUCUCGUUUGACGUAAAACCGGGAGAACUGACUGUUAUUAUCGGUUCCGUUGGUUCGGGAAAGACAGCGGUUUUGAUGGCAAUACUUAACGAAUUGAAAACAAAUCGCGGAUCAGUUUCAGUGUCCGGACGGUUGGGUUACUCGAGUCAGGAGUCGUGGAUAUUUCGCGGAACAGUCAAAGAGAAUAUACUCUUUGUACAAACAAGUGGUUCUGGAUCAGUUUCAGUGUCCGGACGGUUGGGUUACUCGAGUCAGGAGUCGUGGAUAUUUCGCGGAACAGUCAAAGAGAAUAUACUCUUUGGUAAAGCAUUUGACGAAAGAAAGUACAAACAAGUGGUUCACGUGUGCGCUCUCGAGGAAGACCUCAAGCAAUUGCCUUUCGGCGACCAAACAGUUGUGGGCGAACGCGGAGUCACUCUCAGUGGUGGCCAAAGGGCGCGCAUAAGUCUCGCCCGAACCGUAUAUUCCGGUCCCGACUGUUAUCUAUUGGACGACCCGUUGUCUGCAGUCGACCCGUCGGUCGCUAAACAUAUCUUUGAAAAGUGUAUCGAUUUAAUCAAAUUCGCCGGCGAUUUAGAGAUCCGGAGAGAAGAAGAUCUAUCAAAACAUCACUCGGAGUCAGUGAGUCGGCUAUCCCUCCGCCGGCAAUCAUCUGUAGCCUCACUCUUGAGUUCGUGUCUAUCGGUUGACGAAAUCAUUCCUGAAGAAGAGGUCAACGCUGUGACCAAAGAUGCGGACGAAGAGUAUUCGGACGAUAAGCAUAAGUCUGGCAAAACCUCUUCGUCUCGGAUCUACUGGACAUACCUGAGAGCCGGCGCCGGAGUACUACUGUUGCCGACGCUAUUGAUAAGCAAUGUUUUAACUCAAGCCUUAUAUACGGGAAGUGAUUACUGGCUGUCGGAGUGGACUAACUAUUACCAGAAUCGAGCACUGAAUGAGACAAAUGUGAAGAGUUGGAUGAUUUUGGACACCGAAGUGGACAACAUAUAUGUCUUCAGUUCACUCGUUGUCGUAGUCUUCGUGUUGUCUGUCAUAAGAACCGUCACAUUCUUCACAGUCUGUAUGAGAUCUUCGGUGACAUUACAUAACCGUCUCUUAGAGUCCGUAAUCAGAGCUCCGAUCGCUUUCUUUGACAAAUACCCGAUCGGAAUGAUUCUCAAUCGAGUGUCACGUGAUUUAGAGUCCGUAAUCAGAGCUCCGAUCGCUUUCUUUGACAAAUACCCGAUCGGAAUGAUUCUCAAUCGAGUGUCACGUGAUUUAGGUAUAAUCGAUGACUUACUUCCGUCUAAUGCCUUUGAUAGCAUACAGAUACUAAUGGAUUGCUUCGCUAUACUUGUGCUCUGUAUUCUUGUCGACUACUGGACAGUAGUUCCCACUCUUGUACUACUAGUGCUCCUUAUAAUUGUCCGACAGUUCACUUUGGGAACCAUUAGGACAUUGAAGAGAGUCGAGGGCACGGCUAGGAGUCCAACACUUAGCCAUUUGGCCUCAACGUUGAACGGCUUGACAACCAUCCGGUCAUUCGGUGCCGAAAAGGAUUUCUCAGCCAAGUUUGACAGUCUUCAGGACCGGCACUCAAACACAUACUUCAUGUUCAUGACGUCCACGCGUUGGUUCGGCAUUGUGUUGGAUCAGCUCUGUCUGGUCUACGCUAUAUCCAUAACCAUCACUCACGUGAGCGGCGAUUUGAGCGCCGAGAGCGCCAGCGCUAUCGGACUGACUCUCUCGCAGGCGUUUCAGUUGACGACAAACUUUCAGUGGGGUAUUAGACAGUCGGCUGAAGUCGAGACUCAGAUGACAUCCGUUGAAAGAGUCGAUGAAUUGCGAAGAAUUGAUAGAGAAUUUGAGAGUGAAGUCAAACCACCAAAAGACUGGCCAUCAAAGGGACAAAUAGUGAUGAAAGACGUGAGCCUUCAUUACGAGGGAAGCGAUUCUCUAGUUCUUCAUAACAUUAAUCUCGAGAUAAAAGGCGGCGAAACUGUGGGUAUAGUCGGCCGGACGGGCGCCGGAAAGUCAUCAAUAAUCACAACUCUGUUCCGAAUGACCGCUCCGUCCGGUGUUAUAGAGAUCGACGGCAUCGACACCUCUGCCAUCAGUUUGUCUUAUUUGCGACAAAACAUAUCAAUUAUACCUCAGGAACCGAUACUCUUCACGGAAACUGUGCGCAAAAAUUUGGAUCCAUUCGGUGACUGUCCGGACGAUCGCAUUUGGGAAGUGUUGGCUAAAGUACAGCUCCAGUCGACGAUCGCUGCCUUUCCCCACAAAUUGGAUCAAAUAGUGUCUGAAAGUGGCGGCAGUUUUUGUGUCGGACAAAAACAGUUGAUAUGUUUGGCGAGAGCUAUACUCAGAGACAAUAAGAUACUUGUCUUAGACGAGGCAACGGCUAAUGUCGACCCCCGAACCGAUGCUCUGAUCCAAAGUGUGAUCCGAAAUGAGUUCAGUUCGUGUACUGUAUUGACAAUCGCUCACAGAUUGCAUACAAUCAUAGACUACGACAAAGUGCUGGUUCUCGACGCAGGAGUUGUCGCACAGUUUGGUUCACCCCUUCAUCUCAUCAAUGAUAGCGACGGUAUCUUCGCUCAGAUGAUUGAGACGACCGGCAAAGACAUGGAACAGUCUCUCAGACAAACAGCUUUGAAAGCAUCGAUCAAAAAACAAAAUCAAAUCAUAGAUGAUUCAACUUGA